GCUAACUGAAUAUAGUGCUAUUUUGGAUGAACAAAUCAAACCCCAUCACACAAUAUGUGUGACAUAUUCAUGCUAUUCCUCGGGUGGUAAUAGCCAUAUGUAUUUGACUAUUUUCCGGGAUUGGAUGCUCUUCUUAGCAGUGCAAAGGUUGGCUCUGUAAAAAUUCUAAAUAUAUAUACACAAAUGUUCUUCGACGCCCGCCGUUGGGAGACCUAACCUCCGGCCUUCCUCCGGCCUAUCAUCUGCAUUUCCUUCUGCCCGUCAUUCCCAGUUUGUUCUAUGUGAUGUGCUCAAGUCAUCACGUUGAAAUGUCUCUGUGGGCGGCCGAGCUCACAACUCGUCAUCUGGCAUGUCCAUUUUAAUUUGAUUCGUGAUUCAAAUUCGAAUGGAGCAACACCUGGAGGAUUCUGAGUCUAGAGCAUUGCGACAACAUGAAGCUGAGAUGGUUGAUGUCAUCCCAAUGCAGCAGAAGUUUUCUUGCAGUACCAUUUGUCCGUUCUCGCAACAAGAACACAAAGUGGCAGAUUCAAGAAAUCGGUCAAAGUCCACCACUAAGCUGUGUGGGCUCAUAAUCUUUUAUGCAGCAGCCAUGGUUGUGGAGAUCGCUGGAGGCAUAAAGGCAAACAGCCUUGCUGUUUUAACCGAUGCAGGUCACUUACUAAUUGACAUUGCGGGAAUCUGCAUCUCCCUUUUAACAGUUUGGGUUUCUGGAUGGGAGGUCACUUCUGAAUACUCCUAUGGAUUCCACCGGCUGGAAGUCUUAGGUGCCCUUGUAUCUAUACAAUUAAUAUGGGCCAUUUCUGGGACCUUGAUAUACCAAGCAGUUGAGAAAUUUCUCCACAAAAAUGUUGAAGUCAAUGGGAUUAUCAUGUUCGAAACGGCUGCUUUUGGUUUUAUAAUUAACUUAGUCUUGGUUUUGUGGCUUGGGCAUGACCAUUCACAUUCACAUCAUCACCACCACCACCACCACCAUCAUCAUUCUGAUACUCUAGAAGAGCAAAAUCAUGAACUGGAAGAACUUUUUCCAGAGAGCAGUAUGGUAGUGAUGCCAUCUCCAUCGUGUAGACAAAAGGAGACUUCAAACAUAAAUGUUGAAGGGGCUUACUUGCAUGCCAUUGUUGAUUUGAUACAAUCUGCUGGGGUGAUGAUUAGUGGAGCUGUGAUGUGGUGGAAGCCAAAGUGGUUUCUCGUUGACCCGAUUUGCACGCUUGUUUUCUCGGUUGUUGCUCUGAAGGCCACUGGACCAAUGCUCAGAGAAAUAUUCACAAUCUUAAUGGAGAGGACGCCUAAGGAUGUUGAUAUUACCCUUGUGAAGAACGGGCUGGAAGGCAUAAGGGGAGUGCAUGAUGUUCAUGACCUGCAUGUUUGGUCCAUCACAGUUGGGAGAAGUGUUUGUUCAUGUCAUGUCGUGGUUGAGCCCGAAGUGAAUCCUAUUGAAUUGAUUCAUAGGGUUAGAGAGUUUCUUCAAAGAACAUUUGAUAUCCGUCAUACUAACAUAGAGAUAGAACCUUUUUCUUAGGUAUCGUUAGGUGAUGUUUUGUGUUCAUAACUUCAAGAUGUACAAGUAUACAUUAAUGAAAUGAUAAUGAGAUGACAUAAAUUAAUGUUCUAAUAAAAAUUAACUAAAUGAAAU